CUAACUGUCAGCCACUUAAAGUCAAACCCCUAGGAAUUAUUUUAAAGCUGUGGGUAGUUGUUUUAAGCACAUGGAAUACUUAAGUGUUGACAUCAGCAUGAGCUGCUCAGAAAAAACGGGACUCAUUUCAGUACAGUGAGCAUGCUUACCUACGUCCUUGGUAGACCCUGCACACACAGUGAUGGCAGAACAUGACAGAAUGGAGUGCAACUGGUCUGGAAAGAAUCCAAUGUGAUCUGUUUCCAUCUGGCAUAGCACGUGACCAACUUACACUGUCUUGCAACCAGUUUCACUGCAGCACACCAGAAUGUCUCACCCCUUCAUUCAUCAGUAUGGGCACAUUAAGAAAAUGUGUUAUACUGCCAUGACCGUCCUUUUAAGAAGACCGUGGUUUCAGACAUCUUCUGUGCAAGCACCUCGUACCAUGACAAUUCUGAGACAGUAUGUACAACGACUUGCAAUUCCAAGCAGUUUAUUCAAUACUCCACAUAAUGGUAUUAUCAGGCAAGCACUCCCAAAUCAGCUAGGCAGAUUUAUAUUUCCAAGUGCUCCUAUCCGAGUGUACCAUUUAGGAAACAGAGACCAGCUGCAAGCCUUAGGAGGCUGUGUACACCUUCAUGAUGAGUCUGGAAACAGUUUUAGACAGGAAAGCUCACCCACAGCAGUAAUGAAUGAAAACAGAUUUAUGGAAGAGUUGAGCAAGUGCACAUCUGUCAGGCAGGUCUUUAAGCUUUUGAACUCUCUGAUAUUAAUGUCUGAUACAAUGGCAGCUGCAGCUUUGCUAAGGGUCUCUGAAGUAGAACAGGAUGAGCAUGGUCUUAAAAGUCCACAGGCAGUACUGGAGGAUGAUGUCUUUAAAGCCCUUUGCUUCCAGUUUGAACAAGAUUCUCACAGGCUGAGUGAUACUGGCUUGGUAACUGCUAUGUUUGCUUUUGUGCAACUCUACUUGGAUCCCUGGAGUACAUUAAUGGUCCGUUUGGUCUCAGAAGGUCAGGAACGUCUGGAUAGAAAGCAGUUGACCGUCAAGAACUUGUGUUUACUUGGAGAAGUCAUGCUGGCUUUGGAAGGCCCAGGCUGUGUUAUGCUAAAGCAGGUAAUGGAGCAGGUUCAGCAGCACACCAUGAAGGCAUGGACUCCGGAGGAGAUGGGAGCAGUAUACAACUUGUUGCAGUCUGGUGCUGGAGAAGGAGGGCAGUAUCAAGAGCUGCUUAAUAGAAUGAAUGACCAUGCUGUCUCCAUGGCUUCCAGACUGGAUCCAAAACUGAUCAGUCAGCUUCUCUUUGCCUUGGUUGUACUGGACCAAACCCAGGCAAUUCCUUUAGUUAUAAGCCUCUGUAAACAUUCUGUCAGACAUGUUCCCUAUUUUUCAGAUGAUGAACUGGUGCGAGUAUUAACUGCUUUAAUGCAUUUUGGGCACAGUGAUAAAUAUUUCACAGAAGCGCUUGAGAGACAUGUCCCUAAAAAAGUUUUCACCAUGCACCCAGAAGCAGUAAGUAAGGUUAUGCAAUACUGCAGUCGGAGGCUGAUACUGUCUGUACCCAUUUUUGACACUGUGGCAGAAAGCUUUGUGUACAAUGCCGACAGAUUUACCACAAGUCAGAUUGCCAGGCAAAUAAUGCCAUUUGGGAAACUUAACUAUGUGUCGCCAAAUUCUGGACCUCUCUUCAGAAAGCUUGAGAGCAUAUUGAGGAAUCGUUUCUCACAGUUCCAACCUCGUACUUUGCUCAGUUUGCUUCACGCAUGUACACUGAUUGAACGAUUUCCUGUCAACUUUGUAGCUAAAGUUUUCAGCCCCUAUUUUCUCCAACAGCUUGAAGCUCAAAGAAAUGGCCUAGACAAGUUUGUCCUUGCCCAGCUGACUCAGCUGUUUAUGACUGUCACCUUGGAGUGUCCUUUCUAUGAGGGGCCACGAAUCCUUCCAAAAUAUCAAGUAAAAUCGUUCCUCAUACCAGGUCGAUCAUUAGAGAGCCCAGUGGAUUCACAUCUGUAUAGUAAGGUAAAGGCAGGACUAACUGACCUGCUUGGUGCAAGGAUAUAUUUUGCAUCACGAGUACUGACGCCUUACUGCUACACACUAGAUGCAGAAAUUAAGCUGGAUGAAGAAGGUUAUGUUUUGCCAGCUACCCACUAUGAUGAGGUGUAUAGGAGAAUAGCACUUUGCAUUGAUGACCAAAAAAGGUUCUGCACAAAUACUCAAACUUUAUUGGGGAUUGAAGCUAUUAAACAACGACAUCUGCGGCUGCUGGGCUAUGAAGUUGUACAGAUCCCAUUCUACGAGUUUGAGAAACUACAGCAUAAGAAGGAUGUUGUUGAUUAUCUUCAUGGGAAGAUAUUCCCACAUAGCUUCCGACUCAGUUGGUGAUUAUUCACACUACAGCGUUGUGUAAAGCAGUGCAUAGUCCAGCAAUAACAAGGACUGCCAGCAGGACCAGAAAGCAAUCUUGAGAAACUACACACCUACUGUGCAAAAUGGGUUAAUGGCUUACAGGAAGAAAACACUGAAACAGCUAUAAACACAUUACUUACUCCUUUGUGAUACAAAGCAUUAUCUUGUCAAGUCUAGGGACUGGAGAUUUGUUACAUGUUAUACAUUUUAUGUAAGAUUUUGCAGUUGUUUAUUUCUAUUGUGGCACUAUAAUCCUUAGGGUGGUGUAGGCUCAUUGUUUGGUGCUACUGAGUGCUGCACAAGUGAUUAGAAAAGGAACUGCUUGUUGAUGUAGAUGUACUGUGAUCAGAUGAUAACACAUAUUCUCUGGAGAAAUUUGAAAAGUUUGGCUAAUAGCCAGAAAACAUGAACAGAGGGGUUGCUGUUUGACAUAAAUGCUGAAGGAGUUUGAAACCACAGGGGCACAAGCUAUCUUUUGAGAUCAUUUUAAAAAUGUGCUGUAAAUAUCUUUCAGGAUGCCAUUUUUGUAUUUUGUACAAGAACAGUUUAAAUUAGUGUUACAUUUUUUGCUUUAAAAUCAUUUUAAGAAAAUAUCAUUAUGUUUUUAACAUGUGCAUCAUACUUCAUAAAAAUACACCUGCAUUACGUUUUUUUA